UUAAAAAUAUACAAAGAAAUGCAGGCAUUGAAAUCUCCACAAAAACACCAAAAGAGAAUCACUUAUUUCACUUGUUCAUUAGAUUUAAAAAACGCGUUAUAACAUUAAUUUCACAAAAGAGGGAUUCAUUUUUAGAUCUACUUCCAAUGAUAUUUUAUUAUUUUAAAAAAUUAAGAGAAGAGCUCGAAAGGAAGAUAGUUCGGCAAAGGACGCAGCAUAUUGAGCACCGCUGAAGGUAAAACACAGGUAAUAUACCUGCCUGAGGCUACAUCCAUCCCCACUUGGAGUCCGGUUCUCUCUCCUUGGUCGGUUCUCAGCUUUUCUCCAAGCUGAGUCGGGCCGUUAGUGUCGUUGUCGUAGGAGAGAAUGAUAGUAAUGUGUAUCACGGAGUAUCGGGCACCCUGAAGGACGUCGAUCGUUGAAUAUUGGUCCUCUUCUUCUUCCUCGUUUCCUCUUCAUAUAUCGGGUUAUCAAAUUCGGUCAUUGAAUUGAAAGCUUUCUCAUUUGGACCAAUUCGUUCUGAAUGGUUCGUGAUCUGUUUCGUGAUUCACUUUUUCACGGAUGCUCGAUAGUCUUGAGGGCGACAACGACUACUUGUUCCUCAAUAUCUAUCUAGCUUACAGUGGUGUCGUACGUGUGAGGUGAAUGUAACGCUUGAUCAGAGUGGAAUCUAGAAGGAAAAUCGACGAAAAAUAGAAAAGGAAAAAAAGAAGAAGAAGAAGAGGUUACCAAAAUGCCUUGUUCUGCGGUGACGCUGUCUCUCGCGACCAUAACCGGUAUCAUUGCCACUGGCCUCUUGGCAAUCGCCUUUUCUACAGACAACUGGCUCUACACCGAGGUUAAACGCGCCCAAAUCCAGCAAUAUGCAGCCAAGCAUGCUGAACAAAACCACUUGGUGGAGCAAAUGAAUACAAAAUACUAUUACUAUACAAGAACACAAGGUCUCUUCAGGAUAUGCUAUCCCAAAGAAAGACCACCGACUGUUCAAACUUAUCUAAGUCCUGUGGAGACACAUUGUAUGAACAUUAAUUAUUUCAUCCCCGAUGAAGAAAAUCUGACGAGAGGCUUCUCCGACGACGCAAUGACUCGACUUCACAUGGGCAGAUCUGUGAUAGCUCUGUUUAUAGUGGGAUUUGUUGCAAUUUUUACGGCAUUCUGGACGGGAGUGGUAGGCUGUUGGAAGAGGUCACCAGGAAAUAUCACAGCCACUGCAAUCUUGAUGUUGCUAGCAUGCCUAUUAAGCGCUAGCGCAAUGGGUCUUUGGCAUGGAGUGGAGUAUUACGAGAAAGAGAAAAUCGUCGGAGAAGAGUAUUAUCAACAAUGGAACAACGUUUUAAGAGACAACACGGUGCAGUGGUACGGCUGGUCGUUUUAUCUUGCCUGGCUGGGGGUGGCUACGUGUUUAGGCACGAUGACGCUGUUCCUGAUCGCGGCAACCUGCCUGCGGCGGGAGCAUGCUCGCGAGCAGGCACAGAACAUACAAUACAUCAUGCCAGUAUAUCCUCAAAAGCAACAAUACGCUUAUGCUGGUUAUCCGGCACCGGCGGCGUAUCCAGGACCGUAUUAUCACGGAUCGCAAUAUGGACCCUACAACUACUGAAGAAGAUCUGUAUCAUCUCUAUCAAUGGAGGAAAGAGUCUAGAGCGCGGAGUAUUCUGAAACGUGCUCAUCAUAAUGAAUAAAACAUUAAAUAUAUCUGGUAAACGAUGAUUCUCGAAGGGAAUGAUAAAAAAAAAAAAAAAAAAAAAAAAUGAAAAAGAAACGAACAAAAAACGAGAAUUCCUGGAGGUCGAUCGUAAAUCCCAAAUCGUACCUGCACGAAGGAAGAAAAAGAAAAAGCAGAGAAGAAAGACGACCUUGGGUCCCACCCUAGACAUAAUUUAUCUUACUUACUUUAAACGCCAUGUUACGGACGUUCUGGUGCAUAUAUAUCCGUCUGGGUCCCACGAUCUUCCAUCUCUCUCAGUUUUCUCUUUCAGCAGGUGUCUGUUUUGGUACGUUAUCGCUCGCAUGGGACUCGCGAAAAAGACAGUUGCUCAAAAACAGUCCGCGUACUUAGAACUGAGAUGAUUUUAUAUAUAAUAUUAUUUUUUUCUUUCUAAAAUCUAAUAUUUGUACUACAUUACUCUUUGUACGUGCUGAUCGCGCUAGGACAAUAAUAAUAGUAAUGAUAAUAGUAAUAAUAAUAAUUACAUUUUGAGCGAGGGAGAGAUAUAUUUGAUUAUAUAUUUAAUUGGCUAUAUGAUCUUUCUCAGGGGAAUGAGAAACGAUUUAUCGUUCGACAUUUAAUCGUAUAAUUAAUAACAAUAUCUCGAUAUCGAAUUUCUGAAAGUACUAUUAUGAUUUUAGAGGUUAACCGUCAAUUCUUAAAGUGCCUUACUUUCAGUUACCUUUUUUUUUAUUGUAAAUCUGUAUUUGAAUUUUAAUUAAUAAAAAAAUUUGUAAAUUAUUAUAAGCGGAAUAAUUAUGAAUAAAGAGAAAUCGGUAACUAAAAGUAAGAAUUAAUAAAUCGAAGAGAAAAUGCGUCAAAUGAAUAUUGAAAUUUUUAUUUAUGUUUUAAUAGAAAUUUCAAUUGUGGUUGUUGUAAAAAAAAUUCGGCAAUAUGGUGCAAGAAAAAUAUUCGUUAAUUAUAUCAAGAUCAAUUUAAACGGCAGAAAAUAUAAAAAUAGGUGCAUUUUAUCAUUCACAAAUAUCACAUUUCAUAAUAAAAUUCGCAUCAUCGAUUCACUAGAUUUUCUAACAUAUAUAUAGAUCUUUUUUUUCUCAAUAACUAUAUGUAAAAUUUGUUGUUCCGGUAUCUUUACGUAUGGUAUUAAGAAAUAAUAAAAAUAUUCCAAUUACUUUAUACAUAUUUCUUUAAGUAAAUAAAUUAAAUUAGAUUUAUUCCAAAUACUAUUUUUUACAAUUGUUAUAAUUAUACUGAGAAACUUAGAUAAAUGAACUAAAAAAAUAAUAGUAUAAGUAUAACUGUUUGUUUAUGUACAUUCGGAAUCGUUCAUUGUUUCUAGACACAAAUACUAUAAAGAAUUCUAACCCUUUAUGAAUAAAAGGUGCAACGUAUCAUUAAAAGUUGUUUAAUAUUUUGAUACGUUAUAAACAUA